CGGCGUCUGUUCAAGAGGCAAGCAAUGGGACUGUUGAACCGUCUGCCACAUUACAAACGAGGUCAACAGAAUCAGCGACAACGUUUGGAUUCAAGGAGACAAGAAAGUUAACGGCUUCUAGUCGUCGGAGUGUUCGAAGCGAAUCUAUUCGUGACAAAACACCGCAUACGGAUAGAAUUAAAGGCCUGAUGAAGUCGUUUAUAAACAAAGCUCGAAGGCGACAGUUGAGGUCACAAGACAGUGGAACUCUGACUCCUGAAUCAUCAUCUAUUGCAAAUGUGAGCUCGGUAACUGGGGCUACAGAGAUGAUGAAACAGAGACUGCAGUCUUAUAUUGGUCUUGAGCCAAAGGAAGACAGUGAUGAUGACAUUGAAUUGCUAAAUUGUCGUGAAAGAUUGUGGAGAUUCAUAAUGGAAUGUUUAAUAAAAUGGAAAAACGCGUUGUCCCCUAUUGAUCCAUUAGGAUCUGUUUACUUUGUGUGGCUCGCUGUCAUCUCAGUUGCUUUUCUUUACAAUGCUGUGGUGAUAUUUAUGAGAUCAGCUUUUCACAGUCUGCUUCACACAUCACAAGCAUUACCACUGUGGCUGACAUCCGACUAUCUUUGUGACGUCAUUUAUAUCACUGAUAUUGUAGUUAUACGCAUAAGACUUGGAUAUCUUGAGAAUGGGAUUAUUCAGGGUAACAUAAGGAAGAUACGACAUCGGUAUUUUCAUUCGAGAGGAUUCUUGCUUGAUGUGCUGUCUCUGUUGCCUUUGGAUCUAUUGUAUCUAGUGCCAAGUCUGAAAUUUGAGACUAUGUUAAGAUUGCCUCGUCUUUUGAAGAUAAGGUUCUUUUUUACCUUCAUAGAUCGCUUUGAGAGUAGAUCUUCGCAUCCAAAUUUUUUCAGGGCGACAAAGACUUAUCUUUUUAUGGUCUACCUUGUGCAUCUGACUGCUUGUCUAUAUUAUACCAUUUCUGUGUGGGAAGGUAUCAAUUCAAACAAGUGGGUCUACAAUGGCAAAGGGAAUGAUUAUAUUCGUUGCUUCUACUGGGCUCUUGUCACCAUUUGCACGAUUGGCGCCAAUGCUCAACGUCCAACUAAUACUUUUGAGUACUUCUUUCAUGCUUUUUGCUACCUGUUUGGACUGUUUGCCCUAUCAACGGUUAUUGGCCAAAUUCGAAGUGCCAUAUACAACGCUAGUGCUAAGAGGAGGGCUUAUGAACGACGACUACAAGUUUUGAAUCACUUUAUGCAGAAGCAUGACGUAGACUCUAAGGUUCAAUACAGAGUUGGUCGUUGGAUGUCUUACCUAUGGGAAAACGAACAAAUAGAUGAAAUAGACGCUUAUCUUGAUCGUUUACCGAUCAAUAUGAAAGCAAGCAUGGCUAUGCACACUCACUUGGACACCUUGAGCAGAGUCAGCCUCUUCAGGGAUUGCGAGGAAGUGCUAAGACAAGAGCUGGUCUUGAAACUUCAUCCUGUUUGGUACCUACCAGGCGAUUACAUCUGUCGAAAGGGUGAUGUUGGUAAGGAGAUGUUCAUCUUGAAUAAAGGCCAGGUACAAGUAAAAAUCGAGGAUGAGUCUGGUCAAGAAGACACUGUGGCAGUAUUGUAUCCUGGCAGUGUGUUUGGCGAAAUAAGUUUGCUUUCAAUACGAGAUAAUAACAGGAGAACGGCGCACGUUGUGUCGCAGUGGUUCUCACACCUCUUCGUUCUUCGAAAGCGUGAUGUUCAGAAUGUUUUGGAAAACUAUCCUGGAGCCAAAGAUGUCUUGAUGAGAAAAGCAAUAAAUCUUCUGAAGAGAGACAAAGACAGACAGAAGUCUCAUGAAGAAGACCGACAGAGUCUAGUGAUGUCGCUAGGAAACACUCAGAUGGUCAUGAAGGCUUUCACUCAACUCCACGACAAAGUACGCAAAAAGGAACGAGAAACGGAUGCCCGUCAAUUAACAACAAGUGCCAACACUCUCACAGCAGACCAUCUAUCAGUCCCAAGAGGCAAAUCAACCGGCAAGCGUCGUUCCGCUGAACAAAUACCCGCCACACGGAUCUCACCAUCAAGACCACCUUCACAAGCUUCGCGUCUCUCCGUCAAACCGACGAGACGUUCCGAUUCUCAGUCGAGUCUCGGCUCCUUUCUCUCUGUCGACCAGCGCCGUCUCCGACGGACGGACUCGACUUCGUCCGCGGGCUCGUGGCUCUCCGACGUCGAGUCGACAAUCGGCAACCCCGACAUUCCGACGUUACCGCGGAUUUCUAUUGCAACACAAGAAACUGCAGAGAAGAGUCGAGUCGGAGUCGGCGGCGUCAAACUGGAUGGGAAAGGUAGAACGCAUUUGAGACCGCGUACGGACGCCGACUACGACGCUAUGACGUUAGUUUCCGCUCUUGUGGACGACGACGCGGGGCCGUCGGUCACCGAGACGGACCAUGCGGAAUCGAGCGACGUCGACGGAGGUCUUGUUCCUCGCAUCGCCAUCAAUCCGACCGACUACCCGGUCGGAGGACGCAGUGCGAGUCGUUGUAUUCGAUACGACGAGCAGGAGGACGACGAAGAAGUGGAGAACGAGAACGAGGGAAGACUCGGAGUGACCAUAGACACGUACGGUACCGCUCACCUCAGACCGAGAAGUAGAGCAGACUACGAAAAUAUGUCGACGAUUUCGGCUAUGCUAGACGUAGGAGCGUUCGACAAAAAAUAACAUAGCCUAGCUAUUAGAUCUAGUUUACUUAGGUCACCAACACUUCUUUAAUUAAAAUUAUUACCGACGUUCUUUGGACCACGG